UUAUGUGCAAAAUAUUUUUUGGUAAUAUUUUGGCCAACAAAUCUAUCGAUUGAUAUGAUUUAGGCGUGCAAAAACUAAAACAUUUGUGUAUAUAUGUAUAUUUACAUAUUAAAAAUAUAUUCUAAGUCGAUGUGGAUAAAUAUUACUACACGGUGCCGCAUGACGCAAAAGCGGAAAUGACUGAAAAGACGGAGAGCGCCAGCACGCUGGAACAGCAGUCACAGCAAACGAAGAACACGGGUGAUGUUCCAUUGGUUGUCAGGGUGAAACGUGAGAAGAUUGACGCAGAGAUCGAAGCAAAGCUUGGCGCAUUAAAUGCGAAGGUGAAAACUGAAAGUACCACGCCUCCUACGGCAUCGGACACUGACAGUGACAACAGCAACGAUUCGUCGCAAGACGACAAAAAGCAAAUAGCACCCGUUAAAUCCUCCAAUGAAAUACUUGCCGAACUAUUUGGCGUGUUUAAUGCAGCGCCACCCGUUGAGUUGCUGGACGAUAAGAAUCUGUUAAAGAAGCAUAAGAAAUCAAAAAGGGUGAAGAAAAAAAGGUCGCGUAACAAACCAAUUAAAUCAGAUGGCGAAUGCAGCGACACAGAUGUUGCCUCCGCUGAAGGCAACUUCAAGCACAAGCAUAAGCGAAAGAAGCACAAACACAAACACAAGGAUAGCAAAGACAAGAACAAAGACAAGGAUCGAGAAAAAUCCAAAGAGAAGACAAGCACCACCAUAGGUAAGGUCGAGGAAAGAAUAGACUCACGCAAAAGACACGCUAUAGCGAAUGCGGAUGCAGUAGCUGUGCCAGCAAAAAAGGAAGCACUAGAGCACGACCAUAGCAUUCAACGGGAAAGAGAGCGGCCACGUGACCGGGAGCGAGAGAAGGAAAAAGAGCGUGAGCGGGAAAGGGAGCGCGACCGAGAUAGACUUCACAAUAGUUUUUACAAUGGCUAUCAGGAAAAAUCGGAGGACAAGCAUGCACGCACCAAGGCUAACAAUGGCAAAUCCGUUAAGAUUAAGAUGGAGCGGCGUCAAUCCGACGAGCUCUCACUGUCUGAUGAGGAGACAUAUCUGCGCGAAAAGGCCAAUAAUGGAAGACGUCGUUUCUACGGAGGUGUUAAGAUAGAGUCCAAUGAUAAUAAGCGCCACCCACGCCACCAGAGCAGCGCGAACACCAGGCAGCGUACACGCUCUCGUUCCCGCUCUCGAACGCGUUCCCGGUCAAGAGAUUUGGGCAUUGAUAAGAAACGUUUGUUAGAGAUUGCGCGUCGUAAUGCGAUCAGCAUGUUUAAGCGAGGUAACAUGGCCGGUGUAGCCGAGAUGACGCCGGAAGUGAAGGAUAAGGUGCUGCUUAAAAUGCGCUACGGCGGACGCAGUGUGCAGGAUCUCACUGACUUUUGCAAAAAGAUCUCUAACGGUGAAAUGCUUUCUGAUCUUAGCUCAGAUGAGGAUUCGGAUGUUGACAAGAAUGGCAAUGCCAAGGCAUUUCAUCAUCCAUUUCAGCUCAAGGAGCGCGAACCGAUUGUUAUGCACAUACGCAACUCCACACCCAUAGUGCCCCCGUCCACGCGUCGCGAUGAUCAGACCAAGGCUAUAACCAUGCAAUUUCCCGUCUCCUCUGGUCAGGUUCAUCGUAUGUCUGAGGUCUGGGUGCCAGUCGAUCCAAAAGAAUCGCUGGCGCCGUUGCCUACUCUGCCACCCGCCAAACAGGCCACCAAUAUGUUCAAAGAUGUGCAACGCAAUGUCUUUGCCAAGACGAUACCACAGCAAGAGCAGCAGGAGCCCGCCUUCAAGCCUGCUGCGAAUCUCAACGAAGAUUGCAAUGGCCUGUCGCCUAUGCCUGUAACUCUACCGCAAUCUGUGCCUGCUUUUGCUCCAACUCCUGCUCCUAUACCGGCUUCUGCACCUGUUCCUGCUCCUUCCUCUGCUCCAGCUCAUCGGCCAGAACGUUUUGUGCCAGAGGUGCCCAUACCAUCCACAGCAGCGCAUGUACCCAACGCUUCAAUAUUUCCGCAGUCGACGCCACCCAGCAUGGAUGUAUCGAGCAUAAUUACACAACGUCUUAGCGCCAUAAGGCGCCUGCAGGAUAAUCCCGCCGAUUCGGAGGCUUUAAAAAUGAUGUACAAUGCUCAGAGGGACAUGUCCUCUUGGGCCUGCUCAAAAUUUCUGCCUGGUCAGUUUACGGGAAGCACUGGUGCUCAGGUAAUGAAGGUGCAUGAACUGAACAGCGGUCCACAGCUGUGGGCACGUCGGGAUCAGUUAACUUCCACCAAACCAGUUACGGGCGGCAUGGGUAUGGCUCUGCUGCAAAAAAUGGGCUGGAAACCGGGCGAAGGCUUGGGUCGCACCAAGACCGGCUCUCUGCAGCCACUACAGCUAAUGGUUAAGCUGGACAAGCGUGGCCUCAUCUCGCGCGAGGAUAUUAAACAGCAGCCCGUACGCCCACAAGGCGUACGAGCCCCAAAGAACACAAGUGCCACAAAUAUUGCACAGGCUGCACUCACUGCACAGGACAAGCAUCCCGUAUGUGUGCUCAACGAGCUGACAUCGAAAAACAAAUGGACGCCGCCGCAAUAUACGCUUAGGGACGAUUCGGGUCCGUCGCAUAGCCGCAUGUUCCUCUUUUCCGUGGAGAUCAAUGGACAGACUUAUACGCCCACCCAGGGCUGUAACAACAAGAAGGAGGCCAAAAUGAAUGCGGCCAAGUUGUGUUUACGAGCUUUGGGUAUAUUGCCGCCCAGUUAAUAAAGAGUGGAGCAUCUGCUUA